AGGAUCGUGCCGGCUGUUUUUCAUGGAGAAAGUCCAGGGAGAAAUGGAGAUUGAGAGAUGGGAAAGAAGUGAAGAGAUUUCAGACGCAGAAAAAAAGGUUAUUCAAGAGACAUGGAGCAGAGUAUAUGCAAACUGCGAGGACGUUGGGGUCUCCAUACUCAUCAGGUUUUUUGUCAACUUCCCAUCGGCCAAGCAGUACUUCAGCCAGUUCAAGCACAUGGAGGACCCGCUGGAGAUGGAGAGGAGCUUGCAACUGCGUAAGCACGCUCGGCGGGUCAUGGGUGCCAUUAACACUGUGGUGGAGAACCUCAAUGACUCCGAAAAGGUCUCCUCUGUUCUGGCCCUGGUGGGCAAGGCCCAUGCCCUCAAGCACAAAGUGGAGCCCAUCUACUUUAAGAAACUCACUGGUGUCAUGCUGGAGGUCAUUGCUGAAGAAUACGCCAACGACUUCACCCCGGAGGCGCACGGUGCCUGGACCAAGAUGAGGACCCUCAUCUACACCCACGUGACGGCGGCGUACAAGGAGGUGGGCUGGGCGCAGUACCCCACCGCCACCCUGUGAGCGGCCAGCGGGGCCGGGCGAGGGGCAGGGAGGGCUUUGCUCACCCCAGGACUUCACUCUGGUCUCUUCUCAAGAUCUUCGCUCAGUCUGGGGAGCCCGGCAGGGUCAGCUCUGCUAGCUGCCAAGUCACAAUUUGAUCUCCAUGGGGUUUAAAAACAAACUAAAUAAGC